AUUUCCCAUCAGGUGAUUUCUGCACAAACUCAACAGCAGUCCUUUCCAUCUCCCUUAGUACCUGGACUUCAAGAGCAUUGAACUUCGAAAUCGAAACAAUUGAUACACUUCACCACACACCGCUUCUGUGGCGUUCCGUGCUUCGGAUGUCUUACGUCAAGCAGUACAACCCCUCCCCUGUUCCACCGCCUCUCGACAUAUCCAGCACACCGCAUGCAGUCCUGAAUUACUCGCAACAUGGCCGAGCACACGCAUUCACUGCGAUCCCGCUUCAUAAACAGCAUGCCCAAGGCCUCCUCCUCCUCCUCAAUUGCAGACAUGCGAGUCAACGAAUCCCCGAAGCUGCGAGUCCUCGUCGCGUCGAACGGGUCCAAGGAUGUGGCACAAGCACUCGCGCUCGUCGUCCGACUCUCGAAGAACCCCAAGAUUGAAACCCGAGCUAUCGUCGAUGAGGAAUCAUGGCCUGCUCAUCGGCUGUCGCAGGAGACGUUGGCACUCCCGAAUCAAUAUUUUAGACCGUGUAUAGAGACGGACGAAGCUAGGAAGGGUAUUGAGCGGUCGCAGAUUGAGUUUUAUAAACAGCUGGCAGAGGAGCUGUGCGACUGGGCGGAUAUGAUGGUGCUGGCACCGAUCGACGCGGAUACGUUGGCGAAGAUGCUGCAUGGCAUGACGGGUUGUCUGGUGCUAGAAAUUCUGCGUGGGUGGGAUGUGUCGAAGAAGAUAUUACUGGUUCCCGGCAUGACGAGCUCGAUGUGGGAGAAUCCUAUGACGAAGAAGCAGUUGAGCAAGAUACGGCGGAAGUGGCAAUGGAUACGGGUCAUGCAGCCUAUACUGUGGCAAUAUGAGGAGAAGGGGCCUGGGAAGGUUAUGGCUGGUUGGGAUGGCUUCAAGGAGCUCAUUGACGUUAUCAAGAAUCAGGCCGAGCUUAUGACCAUUGGCCACGAUGUCGAUAUUGCUACUUCGGGAGCUGCGAGCUUGGCACGAUACAAUAUGAAGACCGACGCCCUCUUGCCACCAGAGAUCUGGACACUGAUAUUUGACUACAUUGGAGACUGGGAGGUGUCAAAGGCUUUGGGUAUUUUCACCAAUCUCCCCAACCCUCCAGAAUGGCAGAAGCCAGCAAAAGAAUCGAAGGGCGAACUCGAACUCUGGAUGAAGUCCCUAGAGUGGACAAUCCUCACGUCACCUACAUCAAAAAUAAUCGCCAAACUUAAAACAGCACCAGAAGACUUGAAAGAACUAUCCCACCUCUGCGUCAGGCUCAUUGUCAAAUUCUGCCUCACAAACCUACUCACGUAUCUCGAGACGAAUCUCAAGGAUGUCUUCAGGGAAUCAUUUGGUCAGAAAGUCCUCCCCAAGUUAGCCUCAACUGUCUUUGGACGGACUGAAAUCCUUGACUGGUGGAGAACAUCUCCAAGUUUCCUAUCCAAGGACUACGGCGUUGAAGCCAUCGAUGGAGCGUCCCAAGCAGGUUUCGUGCAUGUCCUCGAUUGGUGGCGACGGUCCGGACUACCCUUGAAAUACACCGAGCACUCACUUGAGCAAGCAUCAUCAAAAGGUCACGUCUUGGUCCUAGAAUGGUGGAAGCAGGCAAGCAUGCACCAAGGAAGCUAUCACACAGACUCCGAGAAUCGCCAUCGCCUUCCCUCACCUCCUCUCGCCGAAGAAGUUUCUACCUCCGAAGUCCAGCCUGCUCUCCGUCUCAUGCCUGGAAAGUCUCUACUCGCAGCUGCACAGAACAACCAACCACUCGUCAUCCGCUGGUGGGACAACUCCGGAAUUCCAAUCGGCUACUCCGAAGCCGUAGCCAAGACUGCCUCUGCACACGGCCACGUUGCCGUCCUCGACGCCUGGCGAGAAUUAAAAGGCGAGAAAAUGGCCUUCGACAGCAAGGUCCUCGCUGAACCUACGAAGAACGGCCAUGUAGCGGUCCUGGAAUGGUGGAAAAUCUUCAGUAGAGGUGAAGAUGGACGGCCGGGCGGAAGAGUCGAGUAUAAGACUUGCGAUAUUGAGGAGGCGUUGGAGGAUAGUGUUUGCAGUGAAGAAGAGAUGUUCCAGGUUAAGAAGUGGUGGGCGCAGAAUGGGCUUAAUUUGGGCGGCACGGUUAGUGAGUGGACGAAGGUUAAGUUUUUGUAGGUUCGAUUUUUGGGUAGUGCUUAGCGUGGAGUUGGUGCACUUGAGAUAGUGGUGGAACAGAUCGUCUAGCAAAGUGCUUUAUAACAAAAUGUGCAAACGUGUUCGAGUACGUCU